AUGGGAAAAAUAAUAGAUUUUAUGAAUUGUACCAAAAAAUUGCCGAAAAUUAGACAGAGAGGUGUUUUAUUCCUUCUUUGCAUUAGUAUUUUCCGGUUUCUCGCUAUCUGUUAUCCAAUGAAGUUUAUCAGUUGGGGUCGUAUUCGUUACGCAAGGAAUUUGUCUCUCAUAAUUUGGGUGUUCAUCAUUGGAAUGCAGUCUCCAAUAUUAUAUUUUGUAACAACCAGUCAAUUAGAAGAAAAAAUCAUCUGUCACGAUACCUCAAGCAUUGACCUUUUUGACCAGUUUGUCAUCUUCAGUACUGUGCACUUGGUAUUACUCUUCUGUGUGCCUUUCACAAUCAUCAUAAUUUCAUAUUGCUACAUGGUGUAUAUCCUCAUUAAGCCAAACCCAACAAUUGUACAAACACGUAAAAUGAAGAUAAAGUCUAUCAAAAUGAUUAUCAUAGUGCUCCUUGUAUUUGUCACCUGCUUCUUACCUUUCCACGUGACUUGUACGCUAUAUUAUUACUUUCGUAAAAUGAAUCUUGAUUGCCGUAUCUUAAAUACCAUCAACAAGGCCUACAAAGUUACAAGACCCUUAGUAAGCUUGAACAGUUGCAUUGAUCCUGUUUUAUACUUUCUUAUUUGGAGGUUUAAACUAAACAGAUGAAGAGAUGUGGAACGUGCGGGGAAAGGGAAAAAAAUAUUAAUUGGAAAACAUGAUAUUUCUGAACACAAGACUUUAUCAACCAGGAUUAUAAAAAAUAAAAUAUGCUAAGUCCG